AAUCAGUGCAGGAGAAACCUGGAGGGACAAAGCAUCAUCUCAUCUUUGGACUGCAUUGUAAAAUCCUAUAGCUCUUUCAUCCUAGCCAUGCUCUGAUAGAUUUUUCCCUGUUCUUUUUCUCAUUUUGGUGUGAACGAUAAAGUGAUCUGAUGAUGGCUCUCGUUAUGGAACCUAUUAGCAAGUGGACGCCCAAGCAAGUAGUGGAUUGGAUGAAAGGCCUUGAUGACUGCCUCCAGCAAUACAUUAAAAAUUUUGAAAAGGAAAAAAUCAAUGGAGAACAGCUGCUGCACAUCACUCAUCAAGAACUUGAAGAACUGGGAGUCACUCGCAUUGGACACCAAGAAUUGAUCUUAGAAGCAGUUGAUCUGCUUUGUGCAUUGAAUUAUGGUCUGGAGACUGAAAACCUGAGAACGCUCUCUCACAAGUUGAAUGCCUCAGCCAAAAAUCUUCAGAACUUUAUAACGGGUAGAAGGAGGAGUGGCCAUUAUGAUGGCAGGGCCUCCAGAAGACUGCCAAAUGAUUUUCUUACCUCUGUUGUUGACCUGAUUGGUGCUGCCAAGAACUUGCUUGCCUGGCUGGACAGGUCUCCAUUUGUUAGUGUGACAGAAUAUUCACUGCUGAAAAACAAUAUUGUUCAACUGUGCCUGGAAUUAACAACCAUUGUGCAACAGGAUUGCACGGUAUAUGAAACAGAAAAUAAAAUUCUUCAUGUGUGUAAAACUCUGUCUGGAAUCUGUGACCACAUUAUCUCUCUCUCAUCUGACUCCCUGGUGUCUCAGUCAGCACAUCUUGAAGUAGUUCACCUUACUAGUAUUCUGCCCAGUGAGGGCUUGGGGAUGUAUAUUAAGUCAACAUACGAUGGGCUGCAUGUAAUCACCGGGACUACUGAAAAUUCUCCUGCUGACCAGUGUAAGAAGAUCCAUGCAGGGGAUGAGGUGAUCCAGGUCAACCAUCAAACUGUGGUUGGCUGGCAGUUAAAGAACCUUGUUAAUGCAUUGCGGGAAGACCCAAAUGGAGUGAUCUUAACCUUGAAGAAACGUCCUCAAAACACCUUGGUUUCUGCUCCUGCACUUCUGAAGAAUGUGAGGUGGAAGCCUUUGGCCCUUCAGCCUGUGAUUCCAACCAGCCCAACAAGCAGCUCUACAACUCCAACCAGCACAAUGGGCAUGUCCUCAAAAAUUGACAGCUCUGCUCUCCAGGACAUUUUCAUCCUCUCUCCCAUGUCAGGACUUUAUAGCCCAAGGGAUGAAGUUGGAAUCGUGUCUUGUCACGACAUCAGCAAAUAUGGAAAGUCUGGAAUGAAAGGCUCUGAGUCACCCAGCUACUUUCUGGAGCAUGAAAGUGGAAAGUAUUAUACAUUAAUCGAAGGUGAGGGCCAUCCAAUGGGCUCUGAGUUUGAGAGAGGCAGAACCACAGGAGUUCGGAGAAGGGAAAAGACACCCACUCAUGGUGACUUGAGGCCUGUUUCUAUGCCUACAGAGUUCAGCUGGAUAGGGGAGUCAAAAGAACCAAACAUGUACAAAAGAGGUAGUCGAGACUCGGAGAAUUCACUCCUUCGAUACUUGAGUGAUGACAAGAUCUUGGUGAUCCAAGAAGAGCCUUUGACACAGAAAGACAACAAAAGAGACACAGGCCGCAGGUCAAGGAAAAAGGGCAAAAACACAAGUAACUUGAACUAUCCAAUUACCCCAUCAAUGUUGACAUCUGCUGUUAGUGUCAGGCUUGAACCUGGGCAGCAAGAUGUCCUGAAUUUCUCACUAGCUGAAAGCAACACCGUUCCACUUUAUCACAGAGCAGGGGAGACAAUUGGUGGAGAUUCUGAAAGGUACGCUAGUUCUGCCAGUGACCGUCAAGGGAGCACAUCCAUGAGGAAGUCCUUCCACUACGCCUCUCUGAGGGUAAAAACCAAAAAAUGGUCCAAAGGGAGCUCUCUGACUAGUGGGAGCAGAAGGCGGAUUUCCUGCAAAGACUUGGGCCAUGGAGAUUGUGAAGGCUGGUUGUGGAAGAAAAAAGAUGCCAAAGGAUACUUUACACAGAAAUGGAAAAAAUAUUGGUUUAUUCUGAAGGAUUCUUCACUGUACUGGUACACAAAUCAGAAUGAUGAAAAAGCAGAAGGAUUCAUCAGUUUACCUGAGUUCAGAAUAGAUAGAGCUAUCGAAUGCAGAAGGAAACAUGCCUUCAAAGCAUGCCACCCCAAAAUUAAGAGCUUUUACUUUGCAACCGACUGCCUUGAAGAAAUGAAUAGAUGGAUGAACCGUCUGGGUCUUGCAGCCAUUGGUUAUACUCCUGAUGACAAGGAUAUUCGGCCAGAUGAAGAUUACUGGAGUGAAAGUGACCAGGAUGAUAUUGAUGGCUCUCUAACCCUGAAACAAGAAGGCCCAUCAACACUGUGUGAUAUCUACCACCGAACACUCUCAGUGAAUUCUUCAAGUCCAUUCCCUGAACCCAAACAUGGUAGACACUUUUCAAGUGAAUCUACUUACUCCUAUUCUUCUGCAGAGGAUUCCCGACAAGAUGCCACAGGAAGUACACACUCGUCAGGAUGUAGACCUCCAUAUCGAGAAAGGCGCUCAUGGCAAGAUCUGAUAGAGACCCCCUUAACUAGUUCUGGCCUCCAUUUUCUUCAGACAGUUCCUCCUGACCCAGAAUACGUGAGUGGCCGACCUGGAAUGUCACCAGAGAGGCGAAGACAGGCAACAUUACCAGUCCAAAGACGUCACAAUCAUGAACGAGAUGGACCUUUCCCUUUGGUGGAGUGGCAAAGAGGAUAUAGUUCUCAUAAUAGGCCCCAGAAGCAACGUAGUCAAAGCCUUCCACGAAACAGAGAUGUCAGGAGUAAAGGGCAUGUAAAGUCUUCAGGCAUAUCAGAAGAGAAGCCUGAAGGGAAACUUCUUAUAAAAAAGCAAAAUAGUUUCUGUGAAGAAGAAAACAUAAAGGAAAUCAGGGAAGGUACAGAUGGUCUACAAGAGUUAUACAAGUCUUUGGAACAAGCCAGCUUGUCAGCCUUUGGAGAGCAGCGUCCAUCUACCAAGCAAGAAUUCCGGAAGUCUUUUGUAAAGAGGUGCAAUGAUCCAGUUAUCAAUGAAAAACUUCAUCACAUCAGAGUUCUCAAGAGCACUUUAAAAGCAAAGGAAGGGGACCUGAUAACUAUCAACAAUCUUCUGGAUGAUCCCAGCUUGACAUCAAAGAAGUUCAAAGAGUGGAAGCUAAAGAACUAUGAUUUUUUUCUGGACAUUUGUGAGUACAGCACUGCUCUGAAUCCUCAAAAUGGAGCCUCUGAACUUACGUCCCCAGCACCACUGCUGACACACACACAUUCAUUCAUUGAAACACAUGUCUGACAGGACCGGCAUCAUGAACACUUGCUGAGUGCCGUGAGAAAUCCAAUAUGACAAACACUGUAAUAUUUGUAAAUAACGUACUCAGCAGUAUUGUAAAUAACUUGGGUAAAAGAAUAGUGCCACAGGAUGCCUACUACAUUGCAUGAUAAGACAGUAUUAUUCUGUUCUGAAUUAUUUUAUUUGCUAUUAUCGACCGAUAUGCGUGUCAAAUUCUGCAUUAGAAAGGAGCAGUGCAGAAGUGUAACGGAAAUAAAUGCCAGUAUAUUUAUUUAAGGACUCUACUAAAGCUAUGCUUAUAGUAAUGAGUUCUUACAACCAUUUUAUAU